CGGACAGCCAAUCGGAUUGCGUCGAGGUCGUCUGGUCUCGCAAUAUUUCAGCAGAAUAAAAUAAUCAAUUGUCUACAUUAUUGAAAUUAUUUAGGUGAAUGUAUGUGAUGAUGUUAAAAUACAGUAGUUUAUGGCCAAUAUAAAAAUGAUGAAAAAGUGAUGAUGUGGCAUGACCAUAUUGAACAAUACUAAUAAAGUUGUCACUAGUGAAAUUAUAUUUGUAACGUAUUGGAGGUUAUAAUUAUAAUUUUUUUCAUAUCAUUUUUCAAUGAUGUCACACGAGGCUAUUAUCAAUUUUCUAACAUUGAAUUGUUGGGGUAUUCCGUACAUUUCAAAAAAUAGAAAAAUUCGUAUGGAAGCGAUCGCCGAAAAGCUUUCUACUGAAGAAUACGAUAUAAUAUCGUUACAAGAAGUUUGGUCUAUUGAUGAUUUUAAAAUGAUUAGAACUAAAGUACAAGAAAAACUUCCGUAUUCGCAUUAUUUCCAUAGUGGUGUUCUAGGAUCUGGGGUUUGUAUCUUCUCUAAAUAUUGUAUUGAAGAUGUAAUGUUUCAUAGGUGGCCUUUAAACGGCUAUUUUCACAAAAUACAUCAUGGUGAUUGGUUUGGUGGUAAAGGUGUUGGCCUUUGUAAAAUAAAAAUUGAAGAUAUCAAUGUCAAUAUUUAUGCUGCACACUUACAUGCAGAAUAUAAUAAAGAACACGAUGAGUACGCAUCGCAUAGAGUUUUGCAAGCAUUUGAUACAGCACAAUUUAUUAGAAUGACAAGCGGUGGCUCAGAUGCUGUGAUAUUAGGUGGUGAUCUUAAUGCCGAGCCACAAGAUUUAGCUUAUAGAAUUAUAUGCGGCGUUGCUGGAUUAGUAGAUGCUUGCUCAAAUAACUUCAGUAAUAUUGGGACCAAUGAAUGUGCCAAAAAUAGCUAUACAAGCACAAGAGUUGCAAGAAAGUAUCCGGAAGGGAAACGCAUAGACCAUAUUUUAUACUUAUGUUCGCCAAAUUUUAAGAUUAACGUAACAAAUUAUCAACAACCUUUUCCUGAAAGAGUACCUAAUAAAAAUUGUAGUUAUUCAGAUCACGAGGCUAUUAUGGCAAGUUUGAAAUUAACUAAUGGCAUAUAUAAAAUUGAUAAUAUUGACAUAAGAGAAUCCUUACAAGAAGCAAUUAGAAUAUGUGAAUCUGCCAUGAUAUCUGUACGUUAUCAGUGUUUCUGGUAUUUGCUAGCUGUUUUUUUACUUAUUAUACCAAUAAUUUGGUCAAUGGGACUAGAUUCUACUACUACAUCCAUAGGUAUAUGUAUAGGUCUUAAUAUAGGCCGCUUAUUUUUGACUGCAUUACUGUGUUAUGCUUUGUUUAUGAGUAUUAUAUGGAAUAGAGUAGAAAGGAAUGCUUUGAAAGCAGGUUGUUUAGCAAUGAAGAUUCAUUUAAUACAAUUAACCAAUAGAUUCUCUAACUAAAUGCAUUUGCAUACAUAUAAAUGCGUCUGCAAUUAUAUCUUAAUACUUUUACUAAUUCAAAGGCUGUACUAAUGAUAUAAUCAAAGAAAAAUUAAUAUUAAUAUAAAAUAUAUUUUAUACAAGUACACCAUCCAAUCAUCUUUGACAAUAAAUGAAAGUGUACAUUUCUACAAUUGCAAGUCUUACAUUAAUAUGAUAACUGUCACUUUCAUUAGACUAUUCGAUAAUAUAUCUUAUCUUUUUUAGACAUAUUUGCCAUAUCGCUGCAUUUUAUUGAUUUAUUCAUUCAUGUAUACCUGUUUGUAUAUAUAUAUAUAUAUAUAAGAAAUAUCUUAUAUAUAAAUAUGUAUAAGAAAAUCUACUUGAGUACAUUUAUCUGUCUUUGCUCUAUUUCACGUCAUAAUAAUCUUAUAAAUCUGGAUAUAUUAUCUGGUGGUCAAUAUAGCAAUUAAGAAUAAAUUUUUGAUAUAUAUUUAUUUCAAUUAAAAAAAUUUGCAUCUUUCAUCAUAUUGUAUAAAUGCAUUAACAUUUACAAAUUUAGUAUUCAUAUGAUUAUAGGAUAUAAGAAAGUUUUAAUAAAUAUAUAAAUAAUAGUUAUAUUAGGUAGUCGGCGAUCUAGUAAUAAAGACCCUUAUAAAAAAAUAAACAUGUUUUUAUAUUUAUAUUUAUAUAUAUUUUGUCUCUUUGACAAUCAUUUAUAGUACUUAUUGAUAAUACAUUAUGAUAUUUCAUUUGAUGUACAUGAUAAAUAUUAUGAUUCGUAAAAGCAUAAUAGAAUAACAAUUACAACUUAUAUUUGUUUACUUCAUAUCACAUUAUGAUUAUUGCUAUAUACUAUGUUGUAUAUUAUAUAAUACAGCAAUUCAAAUAAUCUUGAGAAAAAAAGACUAUUGUUUUAAGAAAUUUCUAAAAAUGUGUGUGUGUGUGGGCGCCCGCGAACGUGUACAGGGUGUCCCAAAACUCAUAAUUGAUCUUCAAGAAAAUCAAAAAGGAUAAAAUUUGGGAAUGAUAGUAAGUUAUUUAACAAUUAAGUUGACCAAUCUUAUGCGCGUUAUAACAUAGCAUAAAUUGAUCGAACAAGGAGUAUACGAAGUAAAAUCAAAGUACACGAUUCAUUGUUGCCUUCGAGAUGCUGAUAGCUCUUGCGAAUUUCCAACAGCUCGUUGUCCACCACUCUUCCAGCCAGCAUAUCUUCCUCUAUUCUCAGAUUAUUAAUACUUCGGGACUUUACCUCUAAUACCUUAUAGCUAUUAGGCGAUUUUCAGUUGGCAUAUAAAUAUCUAAUCGCGUAAAUGCCUGUAGAUAUGGCCAACGACGAUUUGGAUACCGUAAUGCAUUAUCUUUACCGUAGUGCAUAAUUAGGUAAAUAAUGACCGGAGAAAAAAGUGACAAAAGAAACUUCGUCUGUCUCUAAAUUUUUCCCUUUCAAUCUCUCAAAGAUUAAUUAUCAGUUUUGGGAUAGCCUAUAUAUAUAUAUAUAUAUAUAUGUAUGUAUUGGUGCAAUAUCUUCAGUAAAAAUUUACUUAUAUAUAUUAGAUAUAUUAUUAAUUCUAUUAUAGAUUCGUGUAUGCAUUAUAUUUUCUAUACGUAACUUUAUAUACAGCAUAAUUACUUGGAGAGAGAGAGAGAGAGGGGGGGGGAGAGAGAAAAGUUUUUCUAAUAAAUAAGUGUACGUUUACAUA